GGUAUUUCUGUGUUUGGGAUACAGCCUUGAGAUAUUUUUUUUAGGGGGGGUGAUUCGCAAAUGACUUUGACUUCGGUGAGGACCCGUAGGGAGGAUAUCUUGUUACCAGGGCAGCCAGGAAGAAGCUACGCCACGGGGAUAGCUCUGUGUGAGUAUUUAUUGGACUCCUUUCGAAAAAAGCAAUCGGAAUCAUUCAAUAUGCUAGCCAACUAUUCGAAAUAUAGCUAGGUCAAUAAGAGCUAAAUAGUAUUGCUAUCUAACGUUAGCUAGGUACGUGCCGUAGACAGUCCAUUAUGUCUGUGCAAGCCAGUCACAUCUGGCUCCAUCUUCGUCUCACCCGUUCUUGCCAUAACAGGUAAUGUUAGGUACCGUUAGCUAGCUAACGAGAUAUCUAAUGUUAGCUAGCAUCAUUAAAACUGAUGUAACUAACGUUAACGUUAUGUUAAAGCUACGUGUCGCAUACUAAAAAUAAGUCGUGACCAGAAGCGAAGUUGCAGCGCGAGAUGUUGUUGCGCCCUGGACCAGAGUUAAAAUCAAUGCAAACGUAAAUGUUGUCACAUUCACUGGCAAGCGGUUUCUAUUUUUGUUGUUGUUGUUGCUACAUUUGGUCACGUGCAUUAUCGGUUACUGUAAUAUAUCCCCACCAUAUGCAUUCAUUAUCCCUUUAUUUAUUGGGUUGCUAGUUAGCUCGCUCAGACAUACUUUUUCGGUCACUCCCCCUCCUGCGUGUUGCAGCCAAUGACAUGCCAAUCACUUGGCUUCAUCCCUAGGAGCAGGAAUGACCAUCCGGAAGGUUUAGUUCAGUAAGGCCACCGUGGAGUGCCUGGUCCAGAGCCACCAUCACCAUGGGUACAGCCUCCUCCCUGGUGAGCCCUGGGGAGUUGAUAGAGGAUGCGUAUGGGGGCGAGGGUGGGGAGGCCUGUGAGAUACCUGUGGAGGUCAAACCUAAAGCCCGCCUCCUGCGGAGCUCCUUUCGCCGAGGGCCCAGGGUGAUUGGAGCCAGCUUCAAAUCCACAGGCUCUGUGGACCUGGAGUACACCGCCGAAUACGAACGGCUCCGUAAGGAGUAUGAGAUUUUCCGGGUUAGCAAGAACAAUGAGAUCACCUCCAUGCAGAAGAAGGAGGCCAAGCUGGACGAGGAGAACAAGAGGCUGAGAGCUGAGCUGCAGGCUCUGCAGAAGACCUAUCAAAAGAUCCUGAGAGAGAAGGAGAGUGCCCUAGAGGCUAAGUACCAAGCCAUGGAGAGAGCUGCCACCUUUGAGCACGACAGGGACAAAGUCAAACGGCAGUUUAAGAUCUUCCGGGAGACCAAAGAGAAGGAGAUCCAGGACCUGCUGCGAGCCAAGAGGGACUUGGAGGCCAAGCUACAGCAGCUGCAAGCUCAGGGCAUCAUGGUGUACGACCCGGACGACUCGGAUGACGAUGACAACCACACCACUGUCACAGCUGCAGGGACUCCGUGUGAUUACUGGGGUGGUGGAGUGCUGGGCAGUGAGCCCUCUAUGGGCAGCAUGAUGCAACUGCAGCAGACCUUCAGAGGACCAGAGUUUGCCCACAGCUUGUGCGAUGUGGAGGGCCCGUUUGCCAAUGUCAGCAGAGAUGACUGGGACGCUGCUGUGGCCAGUCUGCUGCAGGUGUCUCCUCACGUGUCCCAGGCGUUGUGGAGCAACACGGUGCGCUGCUACCUGAUCUCGACCCAGGAGACACAGGCUGAGCUGGACAUCUUCACCCAGAGCUACUCUCCUAGGCUGCGGAGUCUGUGUGAGGGGCUGGGACAUUUCUACCUGAACAUCUAUUUCCCUGAGGAGAGUGCAGCCUCCUAUGCCCUGGAACGCAGACAGGAGAUGGAGCGGAGCUCUGUGUGUGUGCUCCUUCUUAAAUCCUCCAUCACUAGUUGUGUGUUGGAGGAUGCGGAGGAGGCCUUUGUGAAGAACCCAGACGGUCAUCCCCUGGUACUCUACCUCAGGACGGUGGAGGCCCACCCUCUCAGCGGCCCCACCAGGCAACUGCUGGAGCGGGUCAACGCCGCAGACAAGGCAGCCAAAGUCAAGGUAGUGGACCAUGGUGGCUCCCCAGAGGAAGGAGCAUCGAUGAUCUAUACUCAGCUGGAGAAAGUGAUCAAACAGGAACUGCUGGGUUUGGAGGGCAGCGAUGUGGACGGUAAGGAUUCGGGGAUAGACGAGGGGCGCGAGGAGGAUUCGGGGGACGUGCUGUGGGACCUGCAUGAUGAGCAGGAGCAGAUCGAGGCCUAUCAGCAAGCCUGCAGCGCCGCAGCUCAACUGGGCUUCCAGAAGUACAUAGAUCGUCUGAAUGACAUGGUGGCAGCCCCUCCUCCCACCCCUCCACUGCUGGUAUCAGGGGGACCCGGCUCUGGGAAGUCUCUCCUGCUGUCCAAAUGGAUUGAGCUGCAGCAGAAACACUCCCCCAACACGUUGUUCCUGUACCAUUUUGUGGGGCGACCUCUUUCCACCAGCUCUGAGCCUGUACUCAUUAUUAAACGCCUCACUGUGAAGCUGCUGCAGCAUUUCUGGUCAAUCUCUGGGUUAUCCAUGGACCCCUCCAAGAUCCUCGAGGAGUUCCCUCGCUGGCUAGAGAGACUGUCUUCCAGACACCAAGGCAACAUCAUCAUCAUCAUCGACUCUAUUGACCAGAUACAGCAAGCAGAGAGGCACAUGAAGUGGCUGAUUGACCCCCUGCCGGUCAACGUCAGAGUGGUGGUGUCUGUCAAUGUGGAGACUUGUCCCCAGGCUUGGAGACUGUGGCCCACCCUCCACCUGGACCCCCUGAACCCCAGAGAGGUGAAGAGUGUCAUCAACACAGAGUGCCUGGCAGCUGACGUCAAACUCACUAAAGACCAGGAUAAGAAACUGGAGAGACACUGUCGCUCUGCAUCCACAUGUAACGCCCUGUAUGUCACCCUGCUAGCCAAGAUGAUCACCAACUGUAGGUGUGUCUGGUCGUUGGAGAGGACUCUCGAGCAGUGUCUGCUGUGUCAGGACACCAUGUCUCUGUACAGAUUGGGCCUCAAGGUGGCGUUAGAUUCUCUCAGCACAGACGGGGAGAGACACGUCAUGAGAGAGAUGCUGUGUCUGGUGUGUGCCAGUCACAACGGUGUGAGUGAGUCAGAGGUGCUGGCGGUGUUUCCAGACCUGGGCCUGCCUGUCCUCUCCUCCCUCCUCUACACCCUACAGAGACUCUGUAUUGUAGGCCUGGGCUGUGGACUCAUCAGGUUCCAGCACCUACAGGCUGCGGAGGCCGUCCGGCUGGAGUUUAUGGAUGGAGGGACCUGCUCUCCUGCCUACAGAGAGAAGCUCAUCCACUACUUCAGCCAGCAACUCAGUCAGGACAGGGUGACGUGGCGGGUGGCAGACGAGCUGCCCUGGCUACUCCAGCAGCAGGAGGACAGGGCCAAGCUGCAGCUCAGCCUCCUUAACCUCUUUGUCUCCCAGAACCUCUACAAGAGGGGCCAUUUCUCUGAGCUGCUGGCCUACUGGCAGUAUGUGGGCAAAGACAAGAGCUCCAUGGCCACUGAGUACUUUGACUCUCUGAAGCACUAUGAGAAGAGCUGUGCGAGUGAGGACAGCAUGAUCAGGCUUGGCAACCUGUAUGAGACACUGGGUCGCUUCCUCAAAGACUUGGGCCUGCUCAGUCAGGCGGUAGCUCCCUUACAGAGGUCACUGGAGAUCCGGGAGACGGCCCUAGACCCGGACCACCCCAGUGUUGCCCUGUCCCUACACCAGCUGGCCGGGGUUUAUGUCCAGUGGAGGAAGUAUGGCAAUGCCGAGCAGUUCUACAAGCAGGCCCUGGAGAUCAGUGAGAAUGCCUACGGCUCAGACCACGCCUGUGUGGCACGCGAACUGGACUCCCUGGCCAUGCUCUACCAGAAGCAGAACAAGUAUGAGCAAGCCGAAAAAUUGAGGAAGAGGUCUGUGAGGAUUCGCCAAAAGACUGCCCGCCAGAAAGGCCAUAUGUAUGGCUUCACUCUGCUGCGUCGGCGGGCCCUUCAGUUAGAGGAGCUGACUCUGGGUAAAGACACAGCAGAUUGUGCCAAGACCUUCAACGAGCUGGGAGUCCUCUACUACCUCCAGAACAACCUGGAGGCUGCCAAAGUGUUCCUGACACGUUCUCUGGAGAUGCGUCAGCGUGUGUUGGGGCCGGACCACCCUGACUGUGCCCAGUCCCUCAACAACUUGGCGGCCCUACACACUGAGAGGAGAGAGUACGAGACCGCUGAGGACAUGUACGAAAGAGCCCUGGACAUCCGGAAGAGAGCCCUGUCCCCUGACCACCCCUCCCUGGCCUACACCCUGAAACACCUGGCAAUGCUCUACAAACGCAGGGGGAAGCUGGAGAAGGCUGUUCCUCUGUAUGAGCUGGCUCUGGACAUCAGGGAGAAGAGUUUUGGACCGAAACACCCCAGUGUGGCCACAGCGUUGGUUAACCUGGCUGUACUCUACUGCCACCUGAAGAAGCACAGUGAAGCGCUGCCCCUGUAUGAACAGGCUCUCAGAGUGUAUGAGGAUAGUCUGGGACGCUCACACCCACGUGUCGGAGAGACGCUGAAGAACCUAGCUGUACUCAGCUAUGAGGAGGGGGACUUUGAGAAAGCAGCAGAGCUCUACAAGCGAGCCAUGGAGAUCAAAGAGGCGGAGCCGUCUCUGUUGUGUGGGAAGGCCCCGUCUCGGCACUCGUCCAGUGGGGACACGUUUAGCCUACGAGGGCCCGCCCCUCUCCCACAUGCCCCCAGGUGAUCCCUCCCUCUAUCUCCUCACCCCUGAGGGACCUAGAACACUCGGGCUCUUUCCCAAUGUGUCUUGCCUCUAUUCCACAUGUGACCUUUCCUCAUUGGUGGAGAAGGUCCAAGGGUAGGGACCUUUAGAUUUUCUCCUCCAGCAAUGUUCUGUGAGAAGGUGGUGAGAUAGGGUCUGGGGAAUCACGGAAAGAGAAUUGAAAUACAGCCAGGGUCCACAAUCUGCAUUCCUGAGAAGAACGUCCAUGGAACUUUCAAUGGUUCUUUAUGCUGCUUUGAGAUGGAACAGUGUUGUAAUGUCGCCUGUUAAGUGUACUGUAGUUAACUGCCUUCAUGAAAAUAUGAUGUAUGCUUUAUUUAAUGUCUGUUAAAUGGCUGUAUUGUGUUUUUUUUAAAGAUAUAUUAAUGUAAUCAUGUAUUAUUAUUAUUAUGAAAGAAUGUGAAAUGAUGUCAACACCGCCCUUGUCGGGGCCUGAAACUCAGGUUAAGAAGGUUUUUAAAAAAUCUAUAUUUACGAAUUUUGCCAAAUUUCAAUAGCUCACUGUUGGUACCUAUGGAAGUGUAUAACUGUUGAAAUGACAUUUUUGAAUUUGAUAAUGGUAAUUGGAUAAUGAUUCAUCCAUGUCACCAAUAACUAUAAGUCGCUCUGGAUAAGGAUGUCUGCUAAAUGACCAAAAUGGAAAUUCCUACAGCUAUACACUUCUAUAACUAUCGUAUGCAUGCUCAUAUAAAAACACAUUUUGGAGCUGUACUGUCACAGAAUACUGAGCUCAGGUGCUUUUGCUGUGCCGGUUAUGCAAUCAGUGCCAAGUCUUCAUGCAGUACAGUAAUAGAUAUUAGGUAUUUUAUUCAUGUAAACUAUGACAUAUGCCUGUUUCAAGAUGGAACCUUGAUCUCAUGCCAUGGUGCAUAUCAAUAAUAUUAUAUAUAUAUAUGGUCACUGAGCAGUUUUAAAUGUAUUUACCUCACGUGAAGUAUUUAUGCAAGUCAAAUAAUGGGUUUCAAACCCAUGCCAUCAGUUUUUCCAGAAGUCUGCCCUGUUGCAGAGGUUCGGACUUGUCUCACCGCACAAUUUCACUGAGGUUUAGUCACUAGACAUCAAAUGGAAGGAAGCGGACCCUGAACUUGUCCAUAAUUUUGCUACUUUGUGCACUAAUGAAUAAGUUGAGCCUUCAUUGUCUGUGUGAAUGAACAUGAAGCCAAAGGUGACAUAAGGUACCAAAACCCUGUCAUAUGUGCCAAACAUACUAAGUGCAUCGUCUUACUGUGUACUCAUGUCAUUGUAAGAAUCUGUAAAUUAAAUACCAUAAACUAAUCAAAUGUAUUCUGGCUAAUAAAUACUUUAUUGAAACAA